UCCCAGUCAUGAGGUGCUGCCAUGGGCUAAAUCUGUACUCGGCACUCGUAUUACCCUGAGAGAGAGAAUGAAAAAGAGUGUGUGACUGUGAGUGAGAUUGGAAGGGAGGAGCAAGCAAGUUGUGCCCAGGGUGAGCUAGAGGGGGAGGGGUUUGAGAAUGCAGAAGCAACAGCUUGAGAUUUCUAGGGAACCGGACGGAAGGAAAGUCUGAGCAGUUCAUCAGGCAAGGUAGUACUAAAACAAUGAGGUGGAGAAGGAUGGAAAAAUAACACAUAUGCCUCAAAGGAACAUAGCGGACAAGAAAGGAGUUGAGGAAUUAAUUAUUGUUCGAGACAAGAAGACAUGAGAAGAAAGUGGGCAGAUUGAUUAACGGAAGAGCAAAACAGCAGAGAAGUGAUAAAAAGCCAUCAGUAGAGAAAAGAAGAGAAAGAGCAAGAAGAAAAAGAGAACUAGUGGCAGUUAAACAAAGAGGAGGGAGGCAGGGUGAGGAGAUUAACAGUCUGAGAGAAAGAGAGAGAGAGAGAGAAAGAGAGAGAGAAAGAGAGUAAAGGAAAGGGUGCAGUUGUCAAGAAACAGAAACGGUGAUAAAAUAAGGAGAGGACGGAAGAGCAAGACAGGAAGUCUGCAGCAUCUACAAAUGAGAGUUUAUGAGAGCACAUGCAUGUCAGCGGCUAUGUGUGCGCCACAGUUUGUGUGUGAGAGUGGAUGCGCGUUAUGAGGACUCUUAUGCUUUGGCUCCUUUCGAUCAUCCUUCUGUGUUUCUUCUGCAGUGUGACCUUCUGGAUAUUCCUCUCUAACAAUAAUGUAAACCCACGCCCUUCAUAUAAGAUUCCUCAAAAAAGACAAUCUUGCAAGGAAUGCAAUGACGAUGUUUUAAUUGCCAAGGCACUGGAAAACUACUCAGACAAAUGGAAAAAACAGGAGACAAACUUUAAAAAAUUCAGGUCAUUACUGAGUAACAAAUGCCAUGCUGUGUCAAAGGCUGUGGUCACACAGAAUAACACCCCACUCGGGUCAAAUGUUAUUUAUGAUGGAGAGAGGAGAAAGCCGCUACACGUGACACAAGCCCUGUUCAACAUUUUGGCUAAGGAGCAACCCUUUGGAAAUGCAACAUGGGAGUCAUGUGCCGUGGUGGGGAAUGGAGGUAUUCUGGCCAAUAGCAGCUGUGGAGAAGAAAUAAAUUCAGCCCAGUUUGUCAUUAGAUGUAACCUUCCGCCACUGGAUAAGGGAUAUGAGAAAGAUGUGGGCAACAAAACCAACCUGGUGACUGCAAAUCCCAGCAUCCUCCAUGAGAAGUACAGUGGACUGAUGGAGCGCCGUCGUCCAUUUGUGGAAAGCCUUCGUCCUUAUGGACAAGCCUUAUUGCUGUUGCCAGCCUUCUCCUACGGUCACAACACACCUGUAUCCUUGCGUGCCUUUUACACACUGGAGGACUUCGGCAGCAACAGCCCUCUGCCCGUUUUUCUAAAUCCGGAUUACUUGAGGAGGUUGUCAAAGUUUUGGCGUGAGCGAGGCCUUAACUCGGUUCGUCCCAGCACAGGACUCAUUGUGGCCAGUUUAGCACUAGAAAUCUGUUCAAAUGUCCAUUUGUAUGGUUUUUGGCCUUUCAGUAAACAUCCAUAUGACAGUCAGGCGAUCACCAACCAUUACUAUGAUAAUCGAGAGAGCAAGAAGAACGUGCAUUCGAUGCCAACCGAAUUUGAAUAUUUAUUGAAACUUCACAACCAAGGCGUGAUUCGCAUACACCUUGGCAAGUGUCAACCCACUCACAGUUAAAACACGAGUCUGGCUGGAAACUAGGCCUUGCCUGUAAUGUACUGUACACCUCGCAGUUUAAGGACUACUACAGACUACAACAGGCCACCUGGAUGGGUGUCUUGAAAGCUGUGAAUGUGAAUGUGCACUGAAUUUAUAUAGCCUAUAUUGCUGUGGACAUUUGCUCAUAGAAGCAGCCAUGACCAUGCACAACAAAAUCAUGUUUUUUUAAGUUACUUUGAGAUAAUCUUGCAAACAAAAAUAGCUGAAAAUAAAUGUAAUUAUUUUA